AUGGCAGUCCGUCUCGAAGAGCUCAAAACAAUCAGAGAAAAAGAGCGCAAAGAAGAAGUAAACUCCAAAAUGAUGCAAAGGUGGAAAGAAAGCGCUGAUGAAUUGAGGACUCAGGACUCCCAGCUCACCGCUAUGAGGUGCAAAAUCGAACAAGAACACCAAAUGUGGGAAAAAGAACAAAGGGAAAAACAGCUGAGAGAAGAAAACGCGAUUUAUGAUGAGCUCUGGAUGAGAGAAAAAAUAAAAAAAGACCAAAAAGAGCUUGAAGAGCUAGAAAAAAAAGAAGAGCUAAAUAGACAAAGGCUGGCCUAUUUAAACCAACAGCUAGCAAUGAGAGAACAGAACAGGAAAAACCAGUCCCAAAAAGACAGGGAUGAAAAAAAGAUGCUGAACGACGAAUGGGAAAAAGAAAAGCAAAAUGAAAUCGCUCUGCAGAGAGAAAGAGAACGAUUUAUGAGGGACAGAAAUUUAGAAAUCAUCCAGCAUAAUGAGCUUACCAAACAGAUCAAAAAAGAUGAAGAAUUGAGAGAAAAAGAACUCGAUAAAAUGCUUAUUGCACAGAUUGUACAAAAAGAAAGAGAUCAGCUAGAAUUUGAAGCACAAGAAAGAAGGAGACAUAGAGAAGAAGCCAAAGAGCUGCAGUCCCAUUAUAAGUUAAGAGGACAAGAAGAUGCAGAAUUAGAUAGGAGGAUUGAAGAAUAUGCUAAUAUGGAAAGCCAACAACAAUGGGAAGAACAAGAAAGAAUAUGGAGAGAAAGAGAAGAAGCCAGAAUUAAGCUACUUGAAGAAGUCUAUAAUAAUAGAGCUGAUGCCAUUUAUGAGAGAAAAAGGAAAGAAGAAGAGGAAAACCAGAGGGAGAUCGAAGAAAAAGAAAGAAUCGCCCGAGAAGUCGCCAAAGCUGAAGAAAUUGAACAAAUGCGCAAGACUGCUUUAAGAAUGACCAAAGUCAAUCACCAAGACAACUUGAAGUGGCAAAUUGACGAAAAGAACGAAAGAAAGAAAAAAGAACUGCAAGAAGAAAUGUACGAACAAAGAGCAGCAAAGCUAGCAGAAAUCCAGUAUAAGAAAAUGAUUGAAGAAGAGAAAAAGAGAGGAAUGCAGCUUUUAGAUGAGCUCAGAGCCAAAAGGCCUUUUUAA